AUGAAACCUGAUGAUGGUGAAACAGAGUUCACCCAAACCAUCAAAACGGUAGUCAUGGACUAUCUGAAUGAGAAAUAUAAUGACCUAGCAACAGAUGACCUCGUGGACAUCGCCUCGUUGGUCGACCCUCGGUUUAAAACACAUUACAUCAAAGAGGAGAAUGUGGGCCACAUAAGAGCUGUCUCAGAGAUGGUCAACGAGGGACAAACCCAGGUCCAGCACAGGGAGACGUCGCUGCUGCUUCACCACAACUACCAGCUACAAAGAGAAAAGUCACUGGGUAGUUUUUUCAAGAAGCCGUGUUCCACCACCACAGGUCUUACUGAAAUCCAGCUGGUAGACAAGGAACUCAGCUGCUACCUUCAGUCUCCCGAUGCUGACAGAGAAAGACCAGACUCAGAGGAACCAGAGCCAGGGACAUCCAAACCAGCAAGACGACACCAGUGCUCCCACUGUAGAAAGAGUUGUAACCGGUUAUGGAACCUGAAACAACAUGAGAGAAUACACACAGGGGAGAAGCCUUACCACUGCUCCCAGUGUGGAAAGAGUUUUAAGCUUUUAGGAACCCUUAAAGCUCACGAAAGAAUACACACAGGGGAGAAGCCUUACCACGGCUCCCAGUGUGGAAAGCGUUUCAACCAGUCAUGGGAGCUGAAACAACAUGCGAGAAUACACACAGGUGAGAAGCCUUACCACUGCUCCCAGUGUGGAACGUGUUUUAACCAGAAAGCACACCUGAAAGCUCAUGAGAGAAUACACACAGGGGAGAAGCUUUACCACUGCUCCCAGUGUGAAAAGUGUUUCAAUCAGCCAUGGCAUCUGAAACGGCAUGAGAGAAUACACACAAGGGAGAAGCCUUACCACUGCUCCCAGUGUGAAAAGUGUUUCAAUCAGCCAGGGGAUCUGAAACGGCAUGAGAGAAUACACACAGGGGAGAAGCCUUACCACUGCUCCCAGUGUGGAAAGUAUUUCUGCCAGUCAGGGGAGCUGAAACAACACGAGAGAAUACACACAGGGGAGAAGCCUUACCACUGCUCCCAGUGUGGAAAGUGUUUCUGCCAGUCAGGGGAGCUGAAACAACACAAAAGAAUACACACAGGGGAGAAGCCUUACCACUGCGCCCAGUGUGGAAAGUGUUUCAACCAGAAAGCAACCCUGAACAAACACAAGAGAAUACACACAGGGGAGAAGCCUUACCACUGCUCCCAGUGUGGAAAGUGUUUCUGCCAGCCAGGGGAGCUGAAACAACACGAGAGAAUACACACAGGGGAGAAGCCUUACCACUGCUCCCAGUGUGGAAAGUGUUUCAGCCGCUCAGGGGAGCUGAAACAACAUGAGAGAAUACACACAGGGGAGAAGCCUUACCACUGCUCCCAGUGUGGAAAGUGUUUCAAAAUGACACAGGAGCUGAAACGACAUGAGAGAAUACACACGGGAGAGAAGCCUUACCACUGCUCCCAGUGUGCACAGUGUUUCAGCCAGAAAGGAAGCCUGACCCAACAUGAGAGAAUACACACAGGGGAGAAGCCUUACCACUGCUCCCAGUGUGGAAAGUGUUUCAGCCGUUCAGGGGAGCUGAAACAACAUGAGAGAAUACACACAGGGGAGAAGCCUUACCACUGCUCCCAGUGUGCACAGUGUUUCAUCCAGAAAGGAAGCCUGACCCAACAUGAGAGAAUACACACAGGGGAGAAGCCUUACCACUCCUCCCAGGGUGCAAAGUUUUUGCCCAUUUAGGAAGCCUGAAAGAACACAUGAGACUACACACAGAAGAGAAGGCUUAGAAAUUGCUCAGACUGGGAAAACAUAUUACUCAUCACAGUCACUUAAACGUCAUGAGAGAAUCCACACAGAAGAGAAGAAUUACUUGUAUAUUGAUAUUUCACAUCUCAUUGACUUAAAAUUCAUCAGAGAACAUACACAGUGCUCCCAUUGUCUUAUAUUGUUGACUGGUAAUGUGUUUACUUAUUUUUACCAUAUGAAAUUAAAUGGUACAAGGUAUACUCAAACAUAUAUUUGUUUGUUUUUAUUAGAAAACAUGAAUUUAAUAUGGAGUAUGUCAGUUUGAAUAUAAAGUAGAUCAGAUUCCAUGUGUUUAAAUGGUCCU